GUUUGGUUCAAGAAUCGGAGGGCGAAAUGGAGAAAAAGGGAGCGCAACCAGCAAAUGGAUUUGUGUAAGAACAGUUACCUGCCCCAGUUCAGCGGACUAAUGCAGCCGUAUGAUGACGUCUACCCCGCGUACACCUACAACAACUGGACCAACAAAGGCCUGGCCCCAACCCCGCUGUCCACCAAGAACUUCACCUUCUUUAAUUCCAUGAGUCCCCUCACGUCCCAGUCCAUGUUCUCAGCCCCGACCUCGAUCUCCUCCAUGAGCAUGGCGUCUGGGAUGGGACACUCCGCCGUGCCUGGCAUGCCGACCACCGGCCUGAGCAACAUCGGUAACCUGAACGGUAUCGGGAGCUCCGCGAUCAAUCCGGCCAUGAGCUCGUCAGCGUGCCCCUACGGACCUCCGGGAUCUCCUUACAGCGUCUACAGGGACACCUGCAACUCCUUAAGACUGAAAUCCAAGCAGCAUCCAUCUUUCGGAUAUAGCGGGUUGCAGAGUCCCGGCUCUAGUCUAAACGCAUGCCAGUACAACAGCUGACGAGUUAACCUCCAGUGAACGGACACCGUGAGAAAUAACAACC